AUGGCAGAGCAGAAGAGGUGCCAAACAACUGGCGAGCCGCCGAUUGAUGGAAGGGGAAGGCAUACCAAUAGACCUCAUAAGAUGUCUGAACAAACCUGUGAGUUGUUAUUGCAGGGACGUAAAGCGCACUACAGCUUGAAGAACUCUAACAGAGUAUACCUCCCGGAAGAUAUGAAUCAGAAAGCCAAAAUUACUGAGCUGGAUAGGAAAAUUGCCGCUGAAAAAAGUGAUGACAAAAAGGUAAAGUUAGACAAGGAAGGUAGGAAGCUAGAAACUGAAAAGAUACUUCAUUUGAAGAGAGUAGAUCGGUUCUAUGAAUUGAAAAGGCGUGAAAAAACUGAAGCUACUCCGAAUAUAACUUCUGCUGGAGUGUACUUCAGAAGACAGCUGUUCUAUAUUUUCAAUGUGCAUAUUUUGUCAACUGGUGCUUCAGUAAUGUACACCUACGACCAAACCGUCGCAAAGAAAGGGUCAGAUGAUGUUGCCUUAAUGCUCUAUCAUUUUUUCAACACCUACCUGGAUCCUGCUGUUAAGAAACUUUAUAUCUUCGCCGAUUCGUACGGGGACAAAACAAAAACCACACAAUAUCCAGUUUCUCCACUAAUGCGCGGCUAUUCCUUCAUGGAGCCCGACAAAAACAUGGGGUUGAUCCCCAAAAGUGCUAAGGCCGAAACUCCAGAUGGCUGGAGAGAGGUUAUAGAAGCCGCCCGAACCAAGCCGUAUCCGUUUGUUGUGGUAUCAUGUGAACAAGUUAUGUUUAAAGGAUGGGGCAAUUUUUGUCCUCCAAGUUGUACAAGAAAAAGUUCCAGAUCUUCAAGAACCCAACCAGCUCUAUCAUAG